AUGCAUUGGUUUGGUGUAUGUUGUUUUUGGCCAUUAUUUGUUUUCGUCUUGUCAGAUAAUAAUAAUUCAACAAACAACCGGACGUUCAUUGUAGAUUAUGAAAAAAACGAAUUCCUAAAAGACGGAGAAGUGUUCCGAUACGUUUCUGGUGAUUUGCACUAUUUUCGAAUUCCAAAACCUUAUUGGAAAGACAGAAUUCAAAAAGUAAAAGCCGCUGGAUUAAAUGCUAUAACAACUUAUGUAGAAUGGAGCUUACACGAACCAUUCCCUGGCAAAUAUAACUUUGAAGGGAUGGCUGACUUGGAGUAUUUCAUAAAAUUGAUCCAAGACGAAGGCAUGUACCUAAUCUUGAGACCAGGUCCAUACAUAUGUGCUGAACGUGAUUUUGGUGGAUUUCCAUAUUGGUUAUUGAACGUUACGCCUAAGGGGAGCUUGAGGACAAAUGAUUCGAGUUAUAAAAAAUAUGUUUCACAAUGGUUUAGUGUGCUUAUGCAGAAAAUGCAACCUCAUUUGUAUGGAAAUGGUGGAAAUAUCAUUAUGGUCCAGGUGGAGAAUGAGUAUGGGAGUUACUACGCCUGUGAUUCAGACUACAAACUAUGGUUACGUGAUUUAUUAAAAGGAUACGUAGAAGACAAAGCUUUACUCUUUACAAUUGAUAUAUGUAGCCAGAAAGAUUUUGACUGUGGUCCUAUUCCAGAAGUGUACGCGACCGUUGAUUUCGGAAUUUCAGUAAAUCCUGCCAAAUGUUUUGACUUUCUGAAAAACUUUCAAAAAGGCGGACCACCUGUCAACUCUGAGUUUUAUCCAGGUUGGUUAGCUCAUUGGCAGGAACCAUAUCCUAAAGUGAAUUCUGACGAUGUUGUGAACCAAAUGAAAUCAAUGCUGUCAUUGAAUGCCUCGUUUAGUUUUUACAUGUUCCACGGAGGUACUAAUUUUGGAUUUACGUCUGGCGCCAAUAUAUUCGUAUCAGAUACAAAUAUUGGAUAUUUACCUCAGCUAACAUCAUACGAUUAUGAUGCUCCAAUAGCUGAAGCUGGUGACCUGACCGAAAAAUAUUUCAAGAUAAAACGGACGCUCGAGAAUGCCAAACAUUCAGGUCCGGUACCAGAGAAUAUCAGCGUUAUAUCGCCGAUUCCAAAGCUUAAAGCAGCCUAUGGCACAUUCUACUUACGACCAUUGGUUAGUAUAUUUGACAAAGUUACUCAUCGGAUAAAUCCAGUGUUAAGCGAUAACCCUUUAACGUUUGAAGGCAUGGAUAUCAACACUGGGUUUGUAAUGUACGAAACAAUACUAUUAAAUAAGUUCCAAAACCCAGUGAAUCUAACCGUGAACUCUGUAAGAGAUCGAGCAAUCAUAUUCCUGGAUCAAGUAAAAGUUGGCACUAUGAAUCGAUUAAAAGGAAACACGACUAUAUUUUUAGACAUAAAAAAACAUUCUGCUCAAACACUGAGUAUUUUGAUUGAGAACCAAGGAAGGAUCAACUUCGGAGAUUUCAUCGAAGACAGAAAGGGAAUCUUGGGUAAUGUACUUCUUGACGAUGAAAAAGUGGGUCCGUGGAAAAUGAUUGCUCACCCUCUAAACGAAACGUCUUGGCUUUCUUCGAUCAAACCAGUAGACAAUGUCGAAGUACCGGCAUUUUAUAGAACACAGUUUACUUUGCCAGAGAACUUAGAUACCUUAGAUACUUAUCUGGAUACAUCAGGUUGGACUAAGGGAGUAGCGUUUUUAAAUGAUAUUAAUCUGGGUAGAUAUUGGCCACUCGCAGGACCUCAGAUUACACUCUACGUACCUGCUAGUUUUCUAAAGCCACCGCCUGCUGCCAAUUCACUUGUCAUGUUUGAACUUGAACAUGCGCCUCAAGACCUGUCAAUUAAGUUUGUAGACGAGCCGAAAAUCAAUGGUCAUAUAAACACAUUAGGCCCUUCAUCAGUCCUAAUAAUAACUAGCCUCUUUAUGGCUACAACUCAGUGUUACCAUAUUUUUAAAACCUAA